AUGCCGAAAGAAUUUGCCAGGGCUGUAUUGGAGGUUUUCUACGAGCAGAAGCAAACCAUAAUAAAUAUAUGUAGAGAGAACAUGGUCGAUGAAGAAUUUGUUGGAAAUCGGUUCAGCAAGUUAGAUGAUAAAUUGCAAAAUAUAAACCUUUACUUGAGUCGUAUUGAGCGUGCAGAGGAGGAGAACAAACAACUGAAUGAACAGCACGUUCCCUCUCUUCCAAACACAAGUUGUAAAGAAAUUGUUUUUAAGGAAGCUGGCAUAAGAAUAAUUGAUCCGAAACCUAAAGCUCCUGAGCCAGUAGUAGUGGUGGAAGAAGAGGCAACGAAGAACCCCCCUGAAGCAGCGAAAGAAGAGCUAUUGUUCGCACAAAUAACAGAUGAAGAGUUCGCUAAAGUGCCAGAUUACAUGAAAGGAAGACUAACAGCUGCAGUCAUGAAUGAACUUCUCGGGAAACUGGAGUCAUUGUUGGUUAAGAAGCGGACACUAAUGAGACGGAAACUGUCUUCUCUGUCGUUGCAUGAGAAGAAUAUCGUAAUAAAAUGGAGAGAAGAAGCAAAAAAUCUGGGAAGGAAAGCAGUAGACUGUCCUUGGUUCUGUUCUGAAGUUGAUCUCCGAGCUGAGCUUACUGACAAGCUGAAGUUGGCUGUGAUCAAAGGAUUACAAAUUCUACGACAUCUGAAGAGAAUCACAGAAUCAAAGCUGGCAGGGAAAAAUUAUGUUUUUGCUGUUUGUAAAUAA